AUGGCAACUACUCCAUCUUCAUCUCCUCAUAAUUUUGCCAUUAGAGCACCACCACCACCACCACCAUCUCCAUCAUCAUCUUCUUCCUUAGCCACUUGUGUAAAAUUCAAAACCCUAAUCCACAACUUCAUCUUCUCCCAUCUCUACCGUCUAGUUCGAGCUCUCACCAAGGCGAAAACCCUCAUUCUCGAGCUUCUCAAACAGAUCCAUCGUCUCCACAAUAUCCAUUUUCUGGAACCCAUCAUCUUGAAGAAGAACAGAAACAAACACAACAAGAUCUGUUUUGGAUCGUUUAGAUUGCACUAUAACUGGUGUUCAUCAUCUCAUGUUGUACCAAUGGCCAUGACGUCUUCACCCAACUCGUUUAAUGGGGUGUACUACGAUUCCACCUGGAAUGCUUUCGUGGAUGAAAUGGCACCAGAAUCUCAGCUUUCUGGGUACCUUCAAUGGCUUGAAGAGAAGAACAAGGGUUCUAACAAUGGAAGCAAUGCAGGUUCCAGGAGUAUUACUGUCGAUGAGAUGAACGAGAUCGAUCGUCUUGCUGAUAAGUUUAUAGCGAAUUGCCAUGAAAAAUUCAGAUUGGAAAAGCAAGAAUCUUAUAGAAGAUUUCAAGAAAUGAUGGCCAGAAGUAUGUGA